UGUGAGGUCAUUCGGCAGCGACGGUGACCGUCUCGAGCCCAGCUUUGGGGGGGGAGGAGGAUGAUUUGAAUUUGAAUUGUACCGGCUUUAACGGCUGCGGGAUGUGCGCGGGCUGCGUUCAGAAGGAGUAUCCCGAGCGGGGGAACACUUGUUUGGAGAAUGGAUCUUUUCUGUUAAAUUAUGUGGGUUGUGCCGAGUGCAGUAAAAGAGACUUUGUGCUCAUUACUAAUCGAACCCAAGAUGAUGAUGAUGGCGAAGAAAUUGUUACAUAUGACCAUGUCUGUCAAAAUUGCCACCAUAUUAUAGCACAACAUGAGUACACAUUCACUGUUGUUGAUGAUUACCAGGAAUACACCAUGUUGUGUAUGUUGUGUGGAAAAGCAGAAGACACGAUCAGUAUAUUGCCGGAUGAUCCUCGGCAGAUGGCCCCUCUUUUCUGAAAGCUCUGUUUCUGCACAAUGCACAACAGGCACUUUAGGGAGUGCAGAAUGGCAAUUCUAGCUGGAGAUAAGAUUUCUAGUUACCGUGCUAAACUGGGAUCAGAUUUUAAAUAAAAACACAGCGGUUAUUUUUUAUUCAUCACUAAAGGAGGUCCAUUAAUGUACUACUCUUUCCAGAAUGAAUAUUGAUUUGCUUUUAUUCUUAUGAAUGCUGCAAUAACCAGCACUGACCUGUAGCUCUACUAUUUCAGAAUGACUUUUGUAGAUUUCAAAUGUAUAAUGUUAGUGAUCUUUCAAGUUGAAGCAAAUGAGUGUUGUCUGAGAGAAAUUAUGCUUUGCUUUAAAUUUCAUUUACAAAGAGUGAUGCAAAACAAAUCUCUACUCUAAUAUUUUUUGUUUCUUGUGAAGACUGGACAUCUUGUUUUUGGCUCAGUCUCUAACAGGUCUGUAGGACAAAAUUUUUCUUUGCUUCUCACAAUUGUUCAUGCAGCAAUUUACAAGGCCACUAAAAAUGUUAGACCUCUGCUGUAGCUGAUUAUGAUAUAAGAACAUAAGAGGUAGGACUAGGAAUAAGAAAUUCAUAAUUUCAAGCCUGUUCCACCAUUUAAUAUGAUUAUGGCUCAUCUUAUCCUGUUGUCAACUCCACUUUUCUGCCACUCUCCAUGACUCUUCAACCAUUAUUCAUUAAAAACUCUCGCCUCCUUAAAUUUACUUAAUUUCCCGGCAUCUGCUGUACUCUGGUGUGAUGAAUUUCACAGAUUCACAACCCUUUGAGGGAAAUAACUUCUGAAUUGCAUCUUUACGUCUCUACUCUUAUACUCAAUUCCUUUAGCAGUAAAUGCUAAAAUUCAUUUUCCUUCCUAUAUUACCUACUGUACCUGAUUGUUAGUUUUCUAUGAUUCAUGCACAAGGACACUCGGAUCCCUCUGCACUAAAGCACUGUGAAGUUUCACUCCAUCAAGUUGCCUUUCUAUUCUUCUGACCAAAAUAGAUAACCUCACAUUUAUUCACAUUAAAUUUCAUCUGCCAGAUUUUGGCCUGUUCACCUAACCUAUCCAUAUACAUUUCUUAUUUAGUCAUUGCAACCUAAAAGCCCGCAUUAGUGAUUGACCAAAUCAAUUUAGAGCACCUUAAAAUUCAGCUAUGUUGUUGCGAUGUUAACCUUUGCUAUAGGUGUUCUGAACUCCAGUUGGUUUAAAGUAAAAAGAUAUUUCGUCUCUCCAUCCUCAGACAGCAUGAAUUUAUUUCAACUUGAAAAUUCACUGAAGCUAGAUUUAAAGUAAGUCACGAGACAAUCUGAAAUGGUACCUUACUCCAGGUAAAGGUUGUGUUGGCAAGAAUAAAUGCCAAUUAACUUUCAUUUUCUAACAGGGUUCAGAUUAUUUAUGCUCCUAGAAAUUUUCAGUAUGCUGGAAGUGACAAAAAAUGUACUGAAGUGAACUGGAAUGUUAUUUCCUUUUUUCAGAAGAUAGUCCUCUAAAUAUGUGUAGCUUGUGGAGAAAGUCACCUUGGGGCUGUUUGAAUGUUUUCUAAAACCUUUUUGGCUUCAUUAAGUAUUCAGUCAUUCAAAGGCACUAAAAAUUUGCAUUGAAAAAUGCUCCCAAAUGUUUAAUUUGGAUUUUCAAGUGUUUAGAAUUUAUGAUCUUGUUUUCACUUCCUUUCCAUUUAAUUAGAUAAUGAUAUGCAGAAAGGGGGUCUCACUGAAGUGCAUCACUGUCAUUUUAUCUGUUUGUUCUUCUGUUCAAUGAAUCAAAAUUUUAUCUUCUGGUGAAAGGCAACUUUACAAUCUGAACCAUCAAGUAUCUCCUAUUUUGAAGUUUAUAUGUUUUCUGGUGACUGUAAUAUUCAUCGAAAUAAAGCCAUGUUUCCAACCA